GUGAGAGGCGAGUUUGUACCCCAAAAUGUCCCUCCUGUCGCUGGGUUGGCUGCUGGCUCUGGGGGGGUCCCUCCUGCCCUGCUCAGUGUCGGAGGAAGUCGUGUGUUUCAGUGACUUUGAUGAGCGGACGGGGGGCUGCGGGGAGUUGCUGGGCGGGGGGGUGAGCGAGGAGGACUGUUGCCUGAAUAUCAAGUACAGCUUCAAGCGUGGCGCCGAUGCCCCGUGCCAGGCCUGCCGUCCUGCCGAAUGGAGCGAAUGGAGCCCCUGGGGCCCUUGUACUGUGUCCUGUAUGGACGGGGUGCAGCGAAGGGACAGGGUCUGCACGGGGCAAGGGGACUGCGAGGGCAACAAGGUGGAGGUGAGAGCCUGCUCCCUGCAGAACUGCUGCCCAGAGGAUGGCUUGUUGUCCCCCUGGUCGCCAUGCAGUUGCUCGGUUAAAACGCGCCAGGAGCGGACGACCCAGAGAAGCCGACGGUGCGACCACCCAGCGCCUCAGUGCGGCGGAUCCUGCGCCGGGAGCUCGUUACAAACCGAAAUGUGCGACACCAAGCAGAUCUGCCCCACUCACGGGGCCUGGGGCAGUUGGGGCCCUUGGGGCCAAUGUUCUGGAUCGUGUAUAAAGGAAGGUUCCGGAGUUUUCCCCGUGCAGCAUCGCCAGCGCCAGUGCAACAGCCCCCCGCCCUCUCGCGACCCCCCGGGGAGGCCCUGCCUCCAGGAAGACCAGCAAGUUCAGGACUGCACCUCUCUGCCCUUCUGCCCAGUUGCCGGGGGUUGGGGGGCCUGGAAUUCGGACUCCGAAUGUUCCGUCACCUGCGGCAUCGGCCGAGUGAGAGAAAGGAGGGUCUGUGAUUCCCCGGCCCCCAAACAUGGGGGGAGAUAUUGUGAGGGUCCCGACACCAGGCAACACAUGUGCAAUACACCAGUGGACGGGACGUGGAGCCAAUGGCAGCCGUGGAGCCCGUGUGCCCGCCUGCAGGAGGAUAUCACGUGUACCAAGAAGGUGGGGACGCAGAGCAGGAAGCGGGAGUGCGAGGGGGAUAAAUUCGGGGGCAAAUGGUGCGAGUCCAACCACCGGGAGAGCCGCAGUUGCUACAACGCCGAGGGGUGUCGCUAUGAUGAAAAUAAUUGGUCAGAGUGGAGUGAGUGGGGCCUGUGCUCCCCUCCCUGCGGGAAAUCCGAGAGAAAGAGGGAGAGGGUGUGCCAGCCGGUGUAUCCCGACUACCCUGAGACCACCUUCACUCAGACGGGCAAGUUAGUGGAUGUGUUUUUCUCUGGGACCCCCCGAGUGCGCUGUGACCCCAUCAACAGGCAGACCAAGCGGGUGGAGGAGAAGGAAGAGUGUAAAAAUGUGAUUGAGUGCUGAGCUGCCCCGGGGCUGCCGGACCCCCUGCCCCAUCCGGAGGGAGAAGAAUUAGGUCCCCUUGCCCCUCACCCAGUAAAUGGGAAAAAAUUACCCCAACGGCUUACGGUGCUGCAGGGCCACAAUGUUAGGGACCCGCCAAGGCCUGGCCGCCGGCACUGAACCCCAGAAAAAGCAACCGCUCAGUAACCGCCAGUUGCUCUGUAUCAUUGGGGGGGGGCAAUUCAUUGGUUUCAAUCACAACUGUAUAAGAAUUCAACUUACUGUAAUAAAAGGCUCAUUUGUGUUUUUAA